AUGACACAAGUAUUACAAAGUAGUGUAUCCCUGGUGUCAGUUCGUCCAAGAAAUCCAUCCAUCUCUAGUGACUUCGACGAUGAAAACAAUCCACAUCAUGUUUAUUUUGGUCAUAAAAAACCAAGAAAUAGUAAAUCAUCCAUUCAAAGUACUAAUGGCAAUAAAAAAAAUAAUAAUCCCACUGAGGCGACAAAUGAAAAUGAUGGCGAUGACAGAGCAGUGUGGUCGUCUCGUUUAAGUUUUCUUUUAUCAAGUAUAAGUUUUGCUGUCGAUUUAACUACGGUAUUUCGUUUUCCAUAUUUAUGCUAUAUCCAUGGUGGUGGAGCAUUUCUUAUCGCUUAUUUGGCAAUGUUAAUUUUUUGUGCUGUCCCUGUGUUUUAUAUGGAGUUAUUAGCUGGACAGUAUUUUCGUCAAGGUUGUGUUAGUAUAUGGAAAUUAGCAAUACUUUUUAAAGGCAUUGGAUGGGCUUCAGUUGUCCUGAUAUUUUUUGCCAGCCUUUAUUAUAAUGCAUUUAUAGCUUGGUCAUUUUUUUACUUCUUUGCAUCGUUUAUACCUGAGUUACCGUGGGAAAAGUGUAAUCAUUGGUGGAAUACGGUAAACUGUCAAGAACAGUCAAGACGUAACAUUUCUCUUGUAAAUUCAUCUUUAGCAACUGCAGCUAGAGAGUUUUUUGAAAUUCGAAUGCUUGGUGUGGAUAAAAGUUCUGGAUUCAAUGAUUACGGUUCCAUUCAAUGGGAAGUUUGUGGCUGUAUGUUUCUCGUAAAUCUUCUUCUCUUUCUAUCCUUGUUCAAAGGAGUUAAAGUGCUGGAGAAGGUUUCUUGGAUAACAGCAUGCGUACCAUAUCUUGCUAUCGCGAUUCUACUUAUUAGGGGAUUAACCCUGGAAAAUGCAUUUUACGGCAUUAAAACUUUUCUCAAUCCUUCAUUUGGUAAACUAUUGGACUGGGAUGUAUGGUUCGCAGCUUCUAGCCAAGCUUUCUUCUCUUUGGGUGUUGGUUUUGGUGUACAUUUAGCCUACGGAAGUUUCAAUCAAGUUGAUCAUCCAGCCUAUGUGGAUUGUAUUUUAACGACUGCAAUGAAUGCUAUCAAAAUGUUCCACUUUAUCAAACAUUUGAUGGAAACUUGGGCCUUAUAUUCAUGGCUAUACAAGUGUAUUUAG